GGCUCGGGAAAGUCAGCCGCGUCCCCGAAGGAAGGCGACUCCGCGCGAGUCAUCCGCGAUCGCCCCGGGCGGGUCACCUAUAGCGGAUGAUGUCAUCCAGCCAGUUGCCCUCGAGGACCUUGAAAACCCACUGUUAGCCACCUCUCCCCACCAGGGUGAAGCCAUCAGCCAGGUCUCCGGGGACCUGACAGCCCAGAGCACCUCCCCAGCUGCUGCCUGUGCGGAUCUCACUCCCCGAGCCUCAGAACAUGUGUCUUUGCCUUCUGCCCCAGCUGGUGAUGGAGUAGAAGCUUCCGCUCUCUCCUGCCAGGGUCUGGCCAAGGACUUAAGCAGGAGUUCUGACUCUGAAGAAGCAUUCGAGACCCCUGAGUCGACGACUCCUGUGAAAGCCCCACCAGCCCCACCUCCGCCGCCCCCCGAAGUCACUCCAGAACCUGAGAUCAGCACACAGCCUCCUGUGGAAGAACCAGGUAACCAAGGAUGCGGUUCUGAGACAGCCUGUGUCCCCGAUGGCCCACGCAGCAGCUCGGUGGAGGGGAGCCCCUUCCGCCCCCCGUCACACUCCUUCUCUGCCGUCUUCGAUGAAGACAAGCCUAUAGCCAGCAGCGGGACUUACAACUUAGACUUCGACACCAUCGAGCUGGUGGACGGUUUCCAGACCUUGGAGCCCCGCUGCUCGGACUCUAAGAGUCAGGAAUGCAAAGUGAACACGCGGAGGAAGUCCACGGAUUCUGUCCCCGUCUCCAAGUCCACGCUCUCCCGGUCUCUCAGCCUGCAAGCCAGUGACUUCGAUGGUGCUUCCUGCUCAGGCAACGCCGAGGCCGUGGCCCUGGCCCCAGAUGCCUACGGCGCGGGCCCAAGCAGUGCCUCCAGUACCCUUAAGCGAACUAAAAAACCGAGGCCGCCUUCCUUAAAAAAGAAGCAGACCGCCAAGAAACCCACGGAAACCCCCCCGGUGAAAGAGACACCACAAGAGCCAGUCGAAGAGAGUCCUGGCCCCAGUGAGGAGAACAGAGCAGUCGAGACCAAGACGGAAGCUUCUGCACCAGCCCUGGCAGAGGAGGCACCCCUGGAGCCUGCUGCCGUGCCCAGGGCCGCCUGCCCUCUGGACCCACAGGGUGCCGAAGGGGCCGUCCCCCCAGCUUCCGGAAGCGGCAGAGUGCAGAACUCACCCCCCGUGGGAAGGAAGACGUUGCCUCUUGCCACGGCUCCGGAGGCGGUGGAGGUGACCCCGUCGGAUAGUGGGGGGCAGGAGGACUCCCCGGUCAAAGGGCUCUCGGUGAGGCUGGAGUUUGACUAUUCUGAGGACAAGGGCAGUUGGGACACCCAGCAGGAAAACCCCCCUCCUACCAAAAAGCUAGGCAAAAAGCCGGUUGCCAAAAUGCCCCUAAGGAGGCCAAAGAUGAAAAAAACACCCGAGAAACUCGACAACGCUCCUGCCUCACCUACCCGGUCCCCCGAUGAACCCAAUGACAUCCCUAUUGCCAAGGGUACCUACACCUUUGAUAUUGACAAGUGGGACGACCCCAAUUUUAACCCUUUUUCUUCCACCUCAAAAAUGCAAGAGUCCCCCAAACUGCCCCAACAGUCCUACAACUUUGACGCAGACGCCUGCGACGAAUCCAUUGACCCUUUUAAGACGUCCUCUAAAACCCCAGCCUCACCUUCUAAAUCCCCAGCCUCCUUUGAGAUCCCAGCGAGUGCCAUCGAAGCCAACGGAGUGGACGGGGAUGGGCUGAACAAGCCCGCCAAGAAGAAGAAGACGCCCCUCAAGACUGACACAUUUAGGGUGAAAAGGUCGCCAAAACGGUCUCCUCUCUCUGACCCACCUUCUCAGGACUCCACUCCAGCGGCUACCCCGGAAACGCCGGUGAUCUCCGCCGUGGUCCAUGCAACCGACGAGGAGAAGCUGGCGGUCACCAACCAGAAGUGGACGUGUGUGACAGUGGACCUGGAGGCUGACAAACAGGACUACCCACAGCCCUCGGACCUGUCCACCUUCGUAAAUGACACCAAAUUCAACUCACCCACGGAGGAGUUGGAUUACAGAAACUCCUACGAAAUUGAGUACAUGGAGAAAAUUGGUUCCUCCUUACCUCAGGACGAUGAUGCCCCGAAGAAGCAGGCCCUGUACCUUAUGUUCGACACUUCUCAGGAGAGCCCGGUCAAGUCUCCCCCAGUCCGGACGUCAGAGUCCCCGACGCCGUGUUCAGGGUCAAGUUUUGAGGAAACUGAAGCCCUUGUGAAUGCCGGGGCAAAGAUCCAGCAUCCCAUCACACGAGGGCUGGCCCCCAACCAAGAGCCACACUUGCAGGUGCCGGAGAAAUCCUCCCAGAAGGAGCUGGAGGCCAUGACCUUGGGCACCGCCUCAGACGCGAUUGAAAUUAGAGAAGCUGGUCACCCAACAGAUGUCUCCAUCUCUAAAACAGCCUUGUACUCCCGCAUCGGGACGGCCGAGGUGGACAAGCCCGCAGGCCUUUUAUUCCAGCAGCCUGACCUGGACUCCGCACUCCGGAUCGCCAGAGCAGAGAUCAUAACCAAGGAGAGCGAGGUCUCGGAGUGGAAGGCUAAAUACGAAGAAAGCAGGCGGGAGGUGAUGGAAAUGAGGAAAAUAGUGGCUGAGUAUGAGAAGACCAUCGCUCAGAUGAUAGAGGAUGAGCAGAGGGAGAAGUCAGUCUCCCACCAGACUGUCCAGCAGCUGGUCCUGGAGAAGGAGCAAGCCCUGGCCGACCUGAACUCCGUGGAGAAAUCUCUGGCCGAUCUCUUCAGGAGAUACGAGAAGAUGAAGGAGGUCCUUGAAGGCUUCCGCAAGAAUGAAGAAGUGCUGAAGAAAUGUGCCCAGGAGUACCUGUCCCGAGUGAAGAAAGAGGAGCAGAGGUACCAGGCCCUGAAGGUGCAUGCAGAGGAAAAGCUGGACAGGGCCAACGCCGAGAUCGCGCAGGUCCGAGGCAAGGCCCAGCAGGAGCAGGCCGCCUACCAGGCCAGUCUGCGGAAGGAGCAGCUUCGUGUGGACGCUCUGGAGAGGACGUUGGAGCAGAAGAAUAAAGAGAUAGAGGAACUCACCAAGAUUUGUGAUGAACUGAUUGCCAAAAUGGGGAAAAGCUAACUUUGAACCGAAUGUUUGGACUUGACCAUUGCGUGCAAUAUGACCGUCGGCACACUGCCGUCCUUCCAGCGACGCGGACAGGUUCUGUUUUCACUUUUUCGUAUGCACUACUGUAUUUCCUUUCUAAACGACAUUGAUUUGAUUGUAUGCAGUACCAAGGAGACUAUCAGAAUUUCUUGCUAUUGGUUUGCAUUUUCUUAGUAUAAAUUCAUAGCAAGUUGACCUCAGAGUUCCUGUAUCAGGGAGAUUGUCUGAUUCUCUAAUAAAAGACAAAUCGCUGACCUUGGCCUUGCCCUCUGUACAUGAGUUCCCAGGGUGAGCGGCUUUUGGAUUUAAUACGAACUUGUACAGCUUGCACAGGGACUCUUGCCUUAAGGAGUGUAAACUUGAUCUGCGUUUGCUGAUUUGUGUUAAAAAAAAAUGCAUGUUUCAAAUAAAAUUCUCUAUUGUAAAUAAAUUUUUUUCUUUGGAUCUUGGCAGUAAGCGUGGCUAUGAUUUCUUUUCUGGGAAGGGUUGGGUCUUUUCUCGCCUUUGUUAAAAUCCUAUCAGAUCUGGCCCUUUCCCCCUCUCUGUCUGGCUCACUUCUUCGUCCAUAGAUUUAAAUAACAUUUCCUUCAUUAUCGUGGCUGUUUGUACGUUGGAAGCUAAGGAGAAGUAUUGACUUGCUAUUUUUUAAAUGCUUAUGUGAUUAUAUUGAAUUAGCUUAGAUUUGGUUUUUACAAAUGCUUUCUGAGUUUUGGCGGGAAAGUCUGUUUUCCUUUACUGGCUCGAGGAAGUUGCAGGCUGUCCCUCUUCCUAUGCAUUCUUUUAGUGUGUGACCAUCAACCCUGAAACAUGGCCCAGUUCCCUCUAAAGGACCAGCCCCAGGCGAGCGGUUACCCACAGGAGACAGGUAGUGAGGCCAGUUGGGAGAUGACGGCGGGAUGCACCGGCCGUAGAUUCUUUAACGGCUCCUGACUUUCUCGGGAACCCCAGCUUAUAGGUUGGGCAGUGAGAGGGUGGGAAGGCAUCUUAGUUUCCUAAAAUUGCCACCACGUCACAUAUUUAGCAGCUUAAAACAGUAGAAAUGUAUUCUCUCGCCGUUCUGGAGGCCAGAAGUCCCAAAUCUGAGCAUCAGUGGGCUUUUUUUCCCUCCGGGGCUAUGAGGUGGAGUCUGUUCCUUGCCUCUCGAAGCAGUCCCUGGUGUCCCUUGGGUGGUGGCUGUGUCACUCUAGUCUCAGCGUCUGUCUUCAUGAGCCUUUCUUUUCUGUGUCUCAACUCCCUCUCCUCUCUCUGGUAAGGGCACCGCUCAUUGGAUUUCGGGCCCACCCCAAACCCAGGAUGAUCUCUCAGGAUUCCCGAUUACAUCUACGAAGACCCUGUGUCCAAAUAAGGGCACACUCCCAGCUGUGGUGGGCAUUUGUGUGGGGUCCGAGUGUGCCCGUGGGACGUGUGGCGUGCUGUGUGAGCUUGGAAAGCAGCCGCGAGCCCCCGGUGGCCCUCAGCUCAAGCGCCCCUCGUCCUGCCCAGGCGCAGCGACCACGGGCUGUUCCCCUCACACGGGACCACCCAACGCCUCACAGGACAGGCAUCCCAGGCAGCACAAGGAAAGAAAGACAGCCCGCCUCUCCGGAAGCGAGUCCCAGCCUCUGGCCCCACCGUCAACCCCCCUAACAGGGCAGGGGUCUGCCUCCUCCCACUGCCCAGCCACCUCUGCCUGGUCCCGUCUCCCAGUCUCCCCUCCUCACGGCUCAGCCGGGCCCCCCCCGGGCCCCCCCAGUCUCACUUGUCCAGGCCCAACCCCUCCCCCACCCUCACCCCAGAUUCUGAUCUCAGCUGUGUUCUCAAAACAGCCCAGCCUCUUGCUCUGGAAAGUUUCUAUUUUUCUUAUUACCUAAGCAAAACAUUUCCAUUGCUAAAAAGUCCAGAAAUGCAGGUAAGAAAAUGAAACAAACAAGCAAGCACCAUGAUCCCUAAACCAAGAAAUGAUCACUGUUGAUGUUUUUGUAUUUAUUUUUCUAUGCCUUGUUUCCUCAGUGUAUGAAAUAUUUAUUAUCUUUUUAAAGGCGGGAUUAUUUGGAGUUCUGCAGCCCCCCGCGUGCCGUUUUGUAAACCUUUUUUUUUCAUGUAAUACUAUAAUGUAACCAUCAUGUUAUGCAAACUUUUAUAUCAAUAAAUACAGCUCUUUCUCAUCA